GUUUAGCCUAGAUGUGCUGAAUCAUGGAAGUCGUCACUGCGCAAGCGCCAUGACCCAAACCUUGACCUCAUACCCACAGGCUUAGAAACAUAAACCACUACUCGCAGCAAGACGGUGAAUUCUAAAAAUCCGCUGUGAGGGUUAAGACGAUCCAUUAACACAGGUUGCCCAGAUGGGUCUACUGUCCGAAGGGACGCCGCUGUCAUGGGAAGAGACCAAGGCCAAAGCCGAUCACGUACGAGAACAUGGAAUCACCCAGUUCAUUAAUCUCUGGAAACGACAUAAAGAUGUGAAGAAGGACUGUUUACUUUGGGGCGACGAGGUUGAGUACACAUUAGUUCACUUGGACCACGAGAACGAGAAGAGCAGUCUGCUACUUAAGGGAGACAAAGUUUUACACGUGCUACAGCAACAAGAGAGAGAAAACCCUGCGGACCUAAAAACAAUAUGGCGACCAGAAUAUGCAAAUUACAUGGUGGAGGGGACGCCAGGGAAACCAUACGGUGGACUGAUGGCUUACUUUAAUAUGGUGGAGGCCAACAUGAGAAGAAGGAGAAAGGAAGUGAUGAGACUUCUGUCCGAGCCGGGAGAGACGGCCCUCUCUGUUGUCACAUUUCCAAGGUUGGGUUGCCCUAAUUUCAGCCGGCCUGAGUUUCAGCCCACACCCACAGAGGGCGCCUCUAGGUCUUUAUUUUACCCUGAAGAGGUCAUCUUUCCAGGACACCCCCGAUUCAAGACCUUAACAAGAAACAUCAGACAGAGAAGGGGAGAAAAGGUAGCGAUUAAUAUUCCAAUUUUCAAAGACAAAAACACACCAAGUCCUUUCCAAGAGGACUUAUCCCAAUAUGGCGACAGCGGGGAGUCUCAGGCGGCCUCCCUGCCUGACCACAUCUACCUGGAUGCCAUGGGCUUCGGGAUGGGGUGUUCUUGUCUCCAGAUGACAUUCCAGGCGUGUAAUAUAGACGAGGCACGACACCUUUACGACCAGCUUGCGCCGCUUUGUCCUAUCAUUAUGGCCCUCAGUGCUGGUUCACCAAUCUACAGGGGUUUUCUGUCUGACAUAGACUGCCGCUGGUUUGUGAUCUCCAACUCUGUAGACUGUCGGACAAGAGAGGAGAGAGGCCUGGAGCCCCUCCAGAAGGACAGAUUCAGGAUACAUAAGUCACGUUAUGACACAAUAGACUCUUAUUUGGGACCGUGCAAUGCGUGUUAUAACGACAUCGACAUGGUUUAUGACAGAGACAUAUGCAGCAGGCUCAAGGCAGCAGGUGUGGAUGAGCUGUUGGCAAGACAUGUGGCCCACUUAUUUAUCAGGGACCCCAUCUCAUUAUUCAGUGAGAAAAUUGACCAGAACGACGAGGAAGAAAGUGAUCAUUUUGAGAACAUCCAGUCCACGAACUGGCAGUCCAUGCGCUUCAAGCCACCGCCUCCGAACUCUGACAUUGGCUGGAGAGUGGAGUUUAGACCCACCGAGGUCCAGCUUACAGACUUUGAAAAUGCAGCCUAUGUGGUGUUUGUGGUGCUGCUGACCCGAGUGAUCCUGUCUUUCCAUCUGAACCUGGUGAUACCAAUAUCUAAGGUAGAUCAAAACAUGAAAACAGCAGCCAAGAGAGACGCUCUACGCCAAGGAAAGUUCUACUUUAAGAAAGACUUGCUGACAGGCUAUUCCCCUCCCAAAGCCUCCGAGUGCAUCUGUAACUGUCCCUGUGGCAACGUGGACAUAAGUCGCGCAGUGGAUGCAGAGGAUGAAUACACCGAGAUGACCAUCAAUGAGAUCAUUAAUGGAAAGGAGGAAGAUGGCUUUCCUGGUCUGGUGCCUCUAAUGGAGGCUUAUCUGACAAAUAUAGAGACGCUGGAUGUGGAGACAAGGUGUACAAUUUCACAGUACUUGAAACUGAUCAGUAAAAGAGCAGCAGGUGAACUGAAGACCACGGCUCGUUGGAUGCGCGACUUUGUCACCUCCCACCCUGACUACAAGCAGGAUUCUGUAGUGUCAGAGAAGAUAGCGUACGAUCUCAUGAAAACUUGCGACCUAAUUACCAAGGAGAAGAUUGUUGAGCCUGACUUGUUGUUCCCAAUCAUCACGCGGACACAGGAGUCCAUUCCGCACGCAGUCAAAAUAGCAGAGCAGCACUUGAAUGAUAAACACGCUGUGACUGGUCAUCAUCAGAUCGACCAUGUUUAUCAGGAUGGAACGCUGAAUGGAAAUGAAUGAUUUUUUAUUUUGACUAUUUUGUAAUUGAGGCCAUUUUUACAGUCACAUCUCUUUUUUAUUUUGUUCAUUCUUCUAGUUAAUGUAGUGAUAACUGACUGAGACUCUUUCAUUAUUAUUUUUAUUAUUAUAUUUUUACUUUAAUGCUGCAUUUAGAUGGUCCUGCAUUUAAACACCCAUUUUAAUUUUGAUGUUCCCAAUCAACGGAGAGAAUAAUUUAUAUCAUUGCAGCAGGACUCUGCAUGAUGUACUGAAAUCAAGUUCUGAUUAACAAAGUCCAUGCUCUGGGUUAAAUGACAGCAAUCUUUGCGGACUGUUUUUGGGAAAGACAUUUCUAAACAUUCAAAGGAUUUUACAAAUGUAAAGCUACGAUGGCAACAUCAGGUUGAUUUAUUUAUUUAGAGUUUACUAUUUAUAAUGUCACUUGGGUAGCUUAAGCAUUGGAUUGAUGGUAACUGAAACCAUGUUCUAUGAUACUGAUGUUUGUUAUGUCAGAAGUAAACGAGCGCCUUCUAAAUGUUGUACGAGACGGAUGAGGGCGUUAGAUAGACAGGGAAGCCUCUCAAGCGAGUAAUAUUUGUGGAAAAAUGACAAAAUAUAAGAUUCCAAAGCAGUUCACCAAACAUACAGACAUAUUUCACAGACAUGAAAAAAAGGAUAACUGAGCAGUGAAAAAAGGUUUUAUUGUUUAUUAAUAAAUAAUAAUGUGUUAUAACUACAUUCACAGGUUCUCAGCUCAUUUUAAGGCUACCAGUAGAGCAAUACUGUGAAAGGCUUAUAGGUUGCUGAUGUAAUAAUCUUUUUAUAGAUUCUCAUCCCCAUUCAUUUUAAUCAUUUAUGAUUUUAUAUAGACUUUUUGAAGGGUCUAAGUUAAUAUUUGUUUCAAAGAAACUUAAUUUAGUCACUGUAGUAAAUUGCUUUGAGGGACCAAGGUCUUAUACUGCUGGAAGUUAUUUAAACUGAUUCUGGAUAUUAUAGCGACAGGAAUAGUGUGAGAAAAUGAGCUCGGGUAUUUACGCAAUAAAUUUGAAGUGUGAAUUAAUAAUUUCUGCCCCCCCCCUCCACCCCCACCCCCAGGAAAAGGAUUUAGUAAUAGUUGAUAAUGCUGAUUUGAAAGUUUAAAAAGCUGUGUUUCCUAUUUAAAAUGUGAAGCUUAUUCUAGAUUUGCCAUAUCAGAGCUGUAAGCAUUUCAAAUACUGGUACUUCAUUUAUACAUUAUUUGUAUAUUUAGUUUCUUUGGACAUGACAUUUAUGGUGCCUUUUAUCUCAUUUUAGUGCAACUGGGUUCUCUUGGAGAAAAUGUGUUAAGACAGAUAUACCAGUAGUGAUAUUUAAAAAGGAAUUGUAUUUUGUAAUGAGGCAUUGAAUAUAAGGGCAUUUUUUAUAUUGGUUUAAUUUAUUUAUUUAUUUAUUCAUUUAUUAGUUUCUUUGGGAGUUAAAUUUAUUUUGCUUUUUAUUUCCUUUUACUACAAUGCUUUAAUCCUCAGAAAAUGUUGUAAUGGGUGAAGUCAUAAACAAGAAUUUAAUGGUAUCAUAUAAAGACAUUUUCUUUAAUUUAUUUGUGUACUUUUUAUUUUAUUAUUUAUUUGCAAUUCUUUAUUUAUUUAUUUA